GAACGGGACGGGUUCUGUUUGACGUGCGGCGAAGUAUCGUGUGGAUGUAUUUUUCUUUUCCUUUAGGUUCUCUACUUUGCACUCUCCAGUACCAAGAGUUCUCCUUGUGUCUGUGCUAGCACAACCGCUGGCCCUGAUUUGAUCCGCCGAUGACACCAAACCCGACUUUUGCAACCCUGCGGGCGCUGCACGCGCUCAUGGGCGAUGCCCUCGACGAUAUACAUCGCAUUUUUUCAGAUUCCUCUACUCCUCAUUCAUCCCAAUGUUCAUCACCGGCGUUUCCAGAUUCUCCAGAACCAGUGUCGGUGCCCGCUACGCCCAUGUCUUCUACCUUUAGCACGCAGGCCUCUUCCUAUGGAACCCCACUCUCACCGUUGUCCAACCUUCAGCACGACUAUCCUUCGCCAUUUCUUCCAUAUGUAUCGUCAUCACCGGCGGAGAAACUCGCUGCCUGCCCAGCCGCAAGCGCUGCAGCUACAAGGAUUAUUGCUGCUGCUGGCCAAAUUACGAGCAUCGUACAGAAGCCAUUUCUGUUCAUGUCCGAUGCGAGCAUGGUGUACACCCUUCCAGCAUGCUUGCGUCUUAUCGAACAUUUACACGUCGUUGAGAUUCUGCGUGAUGCAGAGGACGAACGUCAGCGGCUUCUUUACGAACUCCGUAUUAUCGCGGAGCUUCAGUCCCAGAGUGAGCCCGUUAUGGCUGACCAAAUUGCCUUGGGUAACGGAUCAAACGUCCCAAAUCAUAACUCCGUCAAGGGCCUUGCGUCACGCCCAAGCUUUACUCGGGACGCCCCAACAAAGGCGGAGGAAAAGGCACUCCAGCUAGAGGGCGUACAUGUCAAAGACAUCUCGCGCAUUAUCACGGAACGUACGGGCGGCCUUUGUUGUGUGGAUUCUGUUCGUUUAGCCCACCCUCUGCGCUUGCUUUCAACACAUCACAUUCUACGUGAAACAGCUCCAGACACCUUUGCACUAACGCGUGUCGCAAGCCUGCUCGACAGCGGCAAGAGCGUGGCAGAUGUCUUUGCAAAUCCUGAGAAAAAAUAUGAAGACACCUCUGGCAUCGCUGCUUUCGUCGGCAUGUGCACUGAUGAGCUGUUCAAGUCAGCUGCGUACCUCACGGAGGCGUUUACAGGUGUUCAACUUCCUUUAGCUCCUCCAGGGACAUUCAAUCUUGCGUUCAACACACCUGUGCCGUUUUUCGAGUGCGGUGGUGAUCCGGGCAAGUCUUUCCGCCUUGAGCGGUUCUCGCAGGCGAUGAUUGGUACGAGUGGGUGGGAGGCGCCUGGAGCCAUUCUAACUGGUUUCGACUGGCUUUCCCUCCCACGAGGUUCGACGAUAGUAGACGUUGGAGGAGGAAUCGGAAGCACAACGAUGAUUCUUGCACGGGCGUUCGGAGGCAAUCCUGGACGUCGGGGAAGCGUGAGCAGCGACGAAGCUGAAGACACUGUGGAAAACAAUAGCUCCGUCCCUCAACGAUCUUGCAACGAAUUGACUCCGCGUAAAUCUCGGAGGGGCCUCAAGUCCUUUGCCUCACGAGGCGACCUUAAGUCACAUACCUCUCGCACCGAUCUCAAGUACACCAAUCUCAAAUCUGCACGUUCUCAUGCCGAUCUAAGGCUUCAGUCUUCUCAAGGCGAGCUCAGUGCGCGACAGUCAACUGUCCCUUCUUGUGAGGACCAGGACAUGCAGUUCCGCUUCAUUGUCCAGGACCGUCCAGUUGUCGUCGGACUCGGACUUGACGCAUGGCGUGCGCAGUGUCCAGAGAUGCUGGAGAGUGGACAGGUGACGUUUUGUGAUCACGAUUUCUUCCUCCCACAACCUCCGCUUCCCUCAUCAGAUCUCAAUCGGCAUCCCGCAGUUUACAUACUCCGCGUUGUCCUACAUGACUGGCCUGACGCCCGUGCACGUCAUGUGCUGCUCAACUUGCGGCUUGCAAGCGGCCCAGAGACGAGGCUUAUCAUUGCGGAUCACGUCCUCCCAUUAGCAUGCGUUGAUGAGGGCGUCCGUAGCGCAAAGCACGAGCAUCAGAAAUCCGAAGGCGAAAAGUGGACACUCGACUCCGUUCUAGCGCACCUCGAGGGCGCACAUGGCACUCUAGCGCCUGCGCCCCUACUUCCAAACUUGGGCAAAGGAAGCGCAACCCCGUUUUCCAUGGACAUCGUGAUGCAUAUAACUUUCAAUGGCAAGGAGCGCACGCUACGGGAGCUUUGUGCACUAGCUCUGUCGUCUGGCUGGCGCAUUGCACGCGUGACGUACUCAAAAGGUUCCCAUUUCGGGCAUCUUGUUUGCGAGCCUGUAGACAUACCAGAGGAUGCAUUCAGCAUCCUCCCUCGACGGCCGAUCUCGGAUCCUGCAAUGGAUUUGUCAUUUGAAUGUGCUGAGCCCUCAGAGGACGAUGAACAUGAGGGCCCGCGGACUGCCCAGGAGAUGUAUGCAAACAAGCUGCCGUCGUCGCUCGGGUCGAGGCCUAUCUCGACAGCCAUCUUACCACUUUUGCCUUCUCCUAUCCUCGAGCGCUCUUCAUCGCGCUGUGGAACGCCGACGUUUGGAUCUCGUGUGUUCCUUCCACGUCCGGAUGAGAUCCCAUCUGGCAAGUCCAAAUCCUACAGCCUUGGUAGACGAUGGCUCAAGGCAAGAGGCCUUGGCGUACGUACCGUAGUCGAGAAGCAAAAGCGGCGCGAAGAAGGCGCUCGCAAAGCCGAUGAACACGAUGACCAAAGCGGUCAAUACGGAUCUCCACAGCACUCGCGCGUCUGGUGGAAAAAGGCGCCACCCGCUUCCCCUGUAGCAGAAGAGCGAGCUGGUGACGCAUCGAUACCUCGCAGCCCACUUCGCCUUCGCAGGGGUACGCUAACAACUCCAGAGCUUUCACCACCGUUGCCGUUGCCGAGCCCGCGCAUUCCGACACAGUAUAAUUUUCCGGCGCAUCGUACGACACCGAGUAUACAGUCCAACUUCCAAAGCGAUGGAAGUUCGAGUGCCCCGCGAUCGAGGAGGCCGAGUGUGGCGAGUCUCACUCGCAAGCUCAACUUCUCUCCUUUUGCGCGGAGACAGAGCAUAGUAGAUGGUGCAGCACAAAGGAGCAGUGACGCAAGCGCGAGCCCGCAGUCAGCAACGUUUGAUACUGCAUACGUCCGAUCUGCAGACCAGGAGAAGAAGCUGAGGCAUCAGCCAAGUUCACCGAUGAUGCAGAAACACCAUCCUGGUGAUGAUCGCGAACACGGCAUCAGGCACCAUCCCAGUGCACCUCACUUGAAGGGUCGAUCUACUCGCACUGAAGAGCCUCCGCCCUUGCCUACUGCUCCUAAAAUUGUACGGGAUGAUGGAUCCUCCAGCGUUCCUCGCAAGUCCAGUCUCCUGAGCUCCCCGAUCUUCAGUGGGAGCAGGUCUAGUCUGUCCACGACGACCUCGCGUCAACGAAGUCGAUCGAUUUUGUCAAAUACUCCUCCUUUGAUACGCGCACCCAGCACGCCUGCAGAUCCCACAAGCCCAAAACCAAAACGUCAGCCAAGUACACCGAAACUUCCCCGGAGGCUCAGCAUACCUAUGCUCCGCCGCAAACGCAGUCAAAGUCUGACUGCUGAGAGGGAUACUUAGACCGGUGGCGGAGUCGUGAAGGUAUGGCUGGUAACUUAACUUUCGUUCAUGGUUCUUUUCUUGCUAUCUCGUCGAAUGCUGUGUUUUGCAGCGAUUGCCCCUCGUUUCAUGCAUGUAUGUAGACGCCCUCGUUGCAUCACAAGGCCUGAUGAAUUUUACAUCAUACUUACGUUGUUCUCUACUUCCCACGAGUCAAUAAGUUUGAGAUCUCACUGUGCGGGGAUUUCAACCGAUACUCGGAGAGAUCGUGCUAGCAAGCGAGUCCGUGAUGUCGAUGAAGUCCUCCAUUGU